CAAAGUAUAAGUUGACUGACUGAGGAUACUUGGAAGUGAAUGUGGGAAGGUUAACCAACACGUUCAGCCGAAAAGUCCAAAAGUAUCACACAGUCUAAAGAUAUUUAACCUGUUUUGAUUAUGAAGAUAUUUUCAAGAGCUUGGGUUGGCCAAACAGGGAUUAUUCGACGAAAUUAGUUUAUCAAGCCAUAGGUCAAGGAACGAUCUUUCGGCCCAUUAGGCCGUGCCUCACGAUCUCAGAUCAUUCGGAAAAAAGGAGCAAUCUUGAAUUGUCAAUUUACUAUUGAUGCACAAAAGUCUAAAGACUUGAAAAUGAUUCCAAGUGAACCAUCUGCAAUUAGAGAGUCGCAAGAAUAUCAGAGUUUCAGGUGCACUGUACCACAGCAAAAGGUAGUUGUUGAGAGCAAUGAAGAGGAAGACAAAAUUUGGAUUGUUUUUGAUGCUGGUCCAAAAUCUGUCCGUUGUCCACUAAUUUUCCUACCACCUGCUAGCGGAACUGGCGAUAUUUUCUUCAAACAGAUCUUGGCAUUGUCAAGCCUCGGUUACAGAGUAAUGGCUCUUGAAUACCCAGUUUACUGGACACACAAAGAAUGGGCUGAAGGAUUCCGCAAGCUUCUUGAUCAUUUUGAUUUGGACAAGGUUCAUAUUUUUGGUGCAUCCCUUGGUGGCUUCUUGGCACAAAAAUUCGCAGAAUUCACCUUCAAAAGUCCACGGGUCCAGUCAAUUAUUCUUUGCAACUCAUUUGUUGAUACUACAGUAUUCCAACAGACUGUGUCAUCCAAUUUGUACUGGCUGCUUCCAGGCUUUGUUUUGAAAAAAAUGAUAAUGGAUAACUUUUCAAGUGAAGAAGUCGACCCUGAUAUUGCAGAUUCAACUGAUUUUCUUGUUGAAAGGCUUGACAGUCUGGGACGAAAUGAAAUAGCAUCAAGGCUUACACUUAACUGCAUGGAUGCUUAUGUGGAGCCACAAAAACUCAGAGAUGUUACUGUAACCAUCCUUGAUGUGUUUGAUCAAUGUGCUAUAUCUGACCAAGUCAAAGAUGAAGUGUACAAGUUUUACCCAAAUGCUAAAAGAGCUCAUCUGAAAACAGGUGGAAAUUUCCCUUACCUCUGCAGAAGUGCAGAAGUAAAUUUACAUAUCCAGAUUCAUUUACGCCAAUUCAACAAAACAAAAUAUAGUGCCAUUGAUCCAAGCUAUUUGCCUGAAACAGAAGAAAUUGUUGCACCUGAGCCAGCCCUUGCACCGUCACAGUUCAUCGCAUCUUCUUUAGAUUCAGAGGGUGAAAUUGAAGCAACUGGGUAUUAAUUGAUCGUAGUGAUAAAUGCUUCUGUAAUUUUUCUUUUGUACUUUCAUUGAUCAAAGUGUUAAUAUUUUGAAAUUAAAUGCACAGCUUACAGUAGUCAGUCAAAGUCUUUGCCAAAAUCUGGGUUUUUUUGCAAACAUUUUGAAAUAUGAUGCUGGCAGAAACUUUGUGAGUAUAAUUUAGAAGUAGUUUGUAUUUGCAACUCAGAAUUAUAGCCAACAUCUUCUUUAAUUUGUCUUUGUGCUGCAUUUUUUCUGCUAUCAUUGAAGUAUUUAAAUGUUCAACCAGUUAUUUGAUUUUGACAUAUAUUUUUAGCUAAAUGAUCAGAGUAUUUUGUUAAUGAUUGCCAAGUAGAGAAAUUGUUUAGGGGGAGUGGUUGAGAUACUCGUAGCUUAGAUAUUAUAAUACCUUUCUCCAGUGAAAAAUGUUUUGAUAUUGUGUGUUAUAUUGUACAGUAUUAUCACAGCGAGCUGAAAUCUAAGAUCUAAAUUCAAUGCAAAAGCAAUAUUACUUCGCCCUGUUUCAAAGAUUUUGAAUUCAAGGGGAAGCUUAAGGUUGUAUGUUGAGCAAGGUUCUAAUCCUAUUAGUAGAGCAUGUCCUUGAAAGAUGAUAAUCAGUCUUUAAAAUAACCAUUCUACUAAUAUAGGCAUUCUACUGUCUUUUUCCUGUUAGAUACUUUGUUGAAUGUUAUAAUUAGUCAUUAGAUGUUAUUUUAUUUGCCUUUAGUAGAUGUUAUUUUAUUUGCCUCAAGUUUUUGUAGUAACUUUAGAUCAAGAAAACAUCAAAAUUGGAUUGCUAUAAAAAUUAAAU